GGGGGGCCCCUCCCGGGGGAUAGCGGCGAGUGCGCGCGGCCGUGGGCGGAGCUGCUGCGAGCUGGGAGCGCGGAUCUGAGCCCCGACGGAGAGCUGCCGUCGCUGCCUGCCUUCCCCGGCCCGGAGCGCGGCCGGGGUCCCGAGCGCACCGCGCCCCCCGAGGUGUUCACCGUGGGAGCCCGGACCUUUUCCUGGACGCCCUUCCCACCGGCCCCGAGGGGAGGCGGGGACCCAGGGCGUUCCUACCGGGUGCUGCUUGGGGCCCGGGGGCGCUCGGGGUCCCCUGCCCGGUCCCCGCAGCGACGCCCCGCGCCUGAGCCCCGCGGGACCCCCGGCGCCCAGGAGCAGCUGUGGGAGGCGACCCUGCGGAGCUGCCCCAUGUGCCAGGCCGACUUCGCCCCCAGUCUGGCCCCGCUGGACAUCGAUGGCCACCUUGCUCAGUGCCUGGCGGAAAGCACGGAAGACGUGGUGUGGUGAGCCUAGCCACUGCGGAGGCCCAGCCUCCCCCUGCCGGAACCGUGUCCUCUCCGCCAUGGAAGCCACGUGUUAAAAUGUCAGUGUGGA